CGCAAAGAUCUGCGCGUUCUGAAGACGAGAAUGAGCUGCAUAUGGCCCGCCGAUGAAGCCUUAGUGACAUCAGCUCAAAGAUCUGUAGAGCAGUGACCAGAGAAUGAUGCUGCUGUUCAGCCUGGCGUCGCUGGCCCAAUCUGUUCCAUCCCUCCCCUCAUUCGUCCCUCCCCCGCUGCACAGCAACCCUUCAGAUGUCGGCCACAGUCCACACAGGCCGCUGAGAGCCCUCUCUGCUGACCAGGACACAACGCCUCUCUUUCGAUUGCAGUCCCACACGACGCCGGCCAACACAUCAGCAGCGGCACCAGCAGCAGAGAUGCUUGUCACGACAACACUGUCGCCAGCAGGUUUGUCAGGAGGCAUGACGGCCGGCGUCGCCCCAUCGCCCGCAUCCAUCACAGGCGGCAUGCUGCACCCCCUCGCUCCAGCGUCCGACGCACCGCCCCCGGCCAACGAGCAGCAGCCUGAGAUGGGUGGUGAGGAGAGGGGGCGUGAAGGUCUGAUGAAGUUCCUGAGCCUGCCGCACAAGCGUCGGCGGAAGGGCGAUGGUGAGGGUGGCGAGGGUGUGGCCAACAACGUGUACAUAGGGGAGGGGAGCGGGGUCAACGGGGAGGGCGCGGGGCCGUUCAUCGAAGUCGUCGUCAGAUGUGAGUUGGCCGAUAAAGAGAGGGGAGGGAUGGCGGAAGGAAUGGCCCAUUGCAUGACAUGAAUACACAUGUGCGUACGUAUUGUGUGGUGUGUGCUUGGUUUCAGACACGGGCGGUAUGGGUCUGAAGCCCUACUUCCGUGCCACGCGUGAGAUCCUGUCGCAGGAGUUCCCCGAGGCGUACGUCACCAAGGAGAUCAUCAGCGCAAAAUCAACACGGUGAGGCGUUUGAUGGAUCGUGCAGACGUAUGCAUUCACAAAGUGUGCGUUGUGCAGUGACGAGGGGCUCUUUGAGAUCCUGAUAGACGGAUACUCGGUAGGGCACAGAGUCAGAGAGACGCACAGAGGAACGGGUUGCGAUCGUGUCCGUGUGUGUGUGUGUGUGUGUGUCUGUGCUCACAGAUAUAUCAGAAAAAGAAGAAAAAGAAGGCGGUGUACCUGGAGAUGGAGACCCUCAAGCAAAUGAUCGAACGCGCCAAACGAAGGUGGGUCACAAUAAAGAAGCACAGCGCCUUGGCGAGGCCUUGACCCUUGUCAGGCUUGCUUUCUCUCCGUGUGCAUUUCAUGUAGGCGUCGGCCGUCAUCGGUGGUAGCGUCUCGUCGGCGGCUGGUCAAUCUCAACGACGAUGACUGGCACGAACAAUAAAUGAACAGGCCGAGGGCUGUGCCCAAGACAGAGAUGAGCGGACAAGAGAGAGAGAGGGCUGGUCGUGUGUGGGUGGUGCGGGUACCUCUCUAGUCGUCCAUGCAUGUAUACUGACUGAUUCAUUUGUCGAGCUGUCUUACAACACGUCCGCGCACGGCCUGCCUCUGCCUGGUCCUGGCCAGGCGGCCGCGAACCGUGCGCGGAAGGGCUGUGAAGACAGCGUGGCAAAUCGAUACAAAGGGCUGUCUUGUUGCUUUCGGUCUUUUGCUUUGUGAUGGUUGGGAUGUCCCCCUCACUCAUUCGUCCUGCAGUCUGGGCGCCGAAAGUCUGCAGUAAUCACAUCCCUUGCACAACACAAGAGAUGCGAUUCUUGCAUACGGGACACGCACGUCUUGACAGGCGGGGUGUGGUGACGAGAGGACAGGGAAUUGACACAGAAUUGACGGCCCACGCGUGUGCGUGCGAGGUCAAGUCCUACUCAUGUAUG